GUUGCUUGUUCAGUAUAUACAAACACGGAUGGAGCAGCGCGGAUUCAUUCAAUGCAGCUUGCAGAAGGCCACGGAUUCUAUGCUAUAUAAACACAUUUCCUGCACAGUAUGAAACCAAAGCAAUCCACGUGCAAAACACGUGGGCCAGAAGGUGCGAUAAGUUCUGGUUCACAAGUACAAAACUGCACCGAAAGUUGAAGGUAUUGAAGUUGAAUUUAACAGCUUCCGAGACACGAAUGCACCUGUGGUCAAAAAUGCGUGCCAUCCUCCGACUUAUUUACAAGGAAGUAGAGUCUUUCGACUUCUUCUUCAAGGCCGAUGAUGACACAUACACAGUUUUUGAGAACUUGCUAAACGUCCUCGAGUCUCAGUCAGCGGAUAAUCCCUUCAUGACAGGAUAUCGAUGGCCUCUCCGUAUAGAAGGCGGUUACUUUUCUGGCGGAGCCGGCUACGUCCUGUCACGGGAGGCACUAAAGCGCAUCGUGGAGGAUUCCGUUGACCGUCAUGUGAACUGUCCAAAAAAUGAUGAAAACAUGGAGGAUGUGAAAAUGAGUGUGUGUGGACAUGCGGUGGGAGUUAAACGGUACGACAGUUUUGACGAGGACGGAAAAUCGGUGUUUUGUCCAACGACGAUCUCGGAACCUUACCUGAACAUAAACACAACUAUCUCCGAGGGUGACUUGGAAAAGAUGGGACACAGUUAUCGGCAGGCCACAUUUCACUACGUCGCAGCGAAUAAAAUGUACAUUAUGGAGUUCUGUCACUAUUAUUUGCGGCCACAAAUAUUGCGUUUCCAAAGGGCUAUCAAUUAA